AAAUAAUAUAAAAUAAUAUAAUAAAAAUAAAAUAGAAUAAAUUUUUGGAUUUUUUUUUAGGAUAUUUAAAGACGCGUAUAAAUAAUUCACUUUCAAUCUUUACACUUGUUUCGCCACUAAAAAUAUUUAUAUAUAUAUAUUUAUAUAUAUAUAUAUAAAUAAAAAUAUCAAGCUAUUAUUUCAAUAGUCAUAAUAAUAAUAUAUACCUUUUCUUUUGAUUAAAACACUCUCAAAUGCCUGUCUCUCUCACCAUGUCAAAGAACCUUCAGUAUGCAAAGUUUGCUACCACAUCCAGACUUAUCUCCUGCCUUGUGAUGGAAACCCUGGUAUCUGCCUACUAUGUUCCCGCAAACACACCCCAGGGCACCCCAAUCUGCCUCUUGGUCCGUCCAAACUGCAGCUCUACCCAGGAAACUCCCUCUACCAUCCGUCUAUCUGAUGUCCUGGCUGUCAUCCCUCUCCGUGGUGUCCCAAUCCUCUCGACCGAGACUGGCUCAUGUGCCGUACUCAACGACAUCAAAUGUCCCCGCAUUGAUCUUAUCGAUCCUAUGGACAUGUUGUCCCACAUCUAUUCCAUUCAAGGCCAAGAACCUUCUACCCUCACCAUCUCGGACGACAACCUCCGCAACCAGGUCUAUGAUCUCUUGGUUUCUGUCUGCAAACCCAACAUUCAGUUGACUGCCAAGAAGCUCAUCGAUGCCUUUGAUGCCGUACAGCUCUGGAAGCAGUUUGCCGAUGACUUUGGCGUCGAUCCCAAGUUGACCGAGGAAAUUGGAUUGGAGUUGAACAGCUCUAUUGAACACCAGAAUUAUGCUUAUGAUAACCCCAAGUCACUUCCUACUCUCAAGUCUUCAAGCAUUCAUUGGGAGCAGUCUGUCCUUGAAGGCCAUGCCACUCAUCCCAUGCACAAAGCCAGAAAGAGCUAUCCUCCAAUGCCCCCUCUUAUUCCCGGCAAGGUCAAUCUCGAGCAACCUCAGCUUCGUCUGGUUGCCGUACCUGUAAGCUCUCUAAAGAUACGUGGUGAUUUUGAAAAGCUGUCGGCUCCUAUUGUCAAUGCCAUCCUCAGCAAGUCCGAGGGCAAAUCGGCUGAUGAAAUGCGUGCUGCGUACCCCAACCACAUCUUUAUUCCUAUCCAUGAACUCCAAGUACCAAACGUCGAGUCCAAGUUUCCGGAAGCAACAGUGUUGCCCAAAGAGAACAGUGUCACAAUCCAGAGCUUGACUUCUCUCCGUUCUGUGGCCGUUCCUGACAUUCUUCCCGGACUCAGUCUCAAGCUUUGUCUUGGCAUCAAGAUCUCCUCUGCUCUCCGCACCAUCACACCCUUCUCGACUCACUUUGGGCCCGGAUUCUCUUACGACGUCGUCCCCAAACUCACCUACGAUCCCAAUGUCCUCACCGUCGAGCGUGAAUUGAGCAGUGCGGUCCACGUCAAUGCCGACUUUGACAUCGCUAAACACUGCAGCUGUGUGUUACGUGAGGCAGUCGAAUUCCCUGUAGAUGCUGAACAGUGUCCGGACAAGGUUGUUGUCUGUGCCGCACUAGUCGAAAAGAUCCAGCGCCCUGACACUGAUGAAACUCUGCUGACCCAUGUCUGGAAGCUCGAUUCGGAGGCCAAGCGGAUCGCCUUCCUCGAUCGUUACAUCGAUCUUGCCCUCCAGGCCUUCCUCCCACCCUGUCUGAUCAACGGCGUUGCUUUUGAAGCCCACGGCCAGAACACUCUUGCUCGCUUCGACAAGGAGACCGGCGAACUCAAGGGAUUUGUGGCCCGUGAUUUUGGUGGAGUCAAGGUUCACCGUGAAACCCUUCGCAAGUCGGCCGGUGUUGACAUUGAUGUCCUGCCAGACAGCUGCGUCGUGGCUGACACACUCGAGGAAGUCUACAAACUACUCUACCACACCCUUAUCCACUCUCACCUCCAGCGUCUCAUCCGCGUCCUUGAUCUCCACUACAACGGUGUUGGCUGGGAACUCCUGCGAAAGCACAUGAGCCAAAUGAUUCCCAGGGAUCAUCCUAUGUGGAAGGUAUUUAUGGAGACACCAAAGGUUCCUGGAAAGUGCUUGGUUCGUAUGAAGAUCGAAGAACUCUACCGUGAUUACAUCUAUUGCCCUGUACCCAAUGUGAUCCACUAUAUCCCUCAAAAUGUGGAGGAGAUUGCUGUCGCGACUGCCUAGGCUGGUUUACCUGGUUCUUGUCUUGACAUUGUAUAUUAAAACAAGUGCCCCAUAUACUCUUUAUUACUAUUAUCUUACUUUCAUACUUUAUUUUUCGCUUUCUUUACUCUUAUUUAAAAAUCAACAUUUAUUUUCGCCAUCUCCCAAUUCUGUUCUGUUCUAUUAUGGUAUAUUUUAUUAUAUUGCCUCUUCUUCUUAUCUUAUUUUUACAUAUUCAUUAAAAUGUCCUCUGUCCCGAGUGUGUAAUUUAUAAAUACAUAUAUUUUCAAGUGUUUCAAAUCAAAUGCUUUUUAUAAACAUCCAAGCAAGCAAGCAAAGUUUUUUUUUUAAAAAAGAAAGAAACGAUCCCAAACCCACAGACAGUCCCUAUUCAAUCAACGAAAAAUAAAAUAACUCAUGCAAAAGGC